CAGUAAACCUGGUUAGCUUGUGUGCGAUCCAUUUCUUUGUAUCCCAGUCACGUGAUGUGUUUAAAUCAAUCACACAUGCCGUUACAUAGCUGAGGUAUAGUAAUACAUGCUGAUGACUAUGUAUGAAAUACCCUCCUAGAAGCCUGGGUGUUUGGGAUAUUACUUAGUUCGUCGGUUUUGACGAAAAACUGCUGCCAACAAUGCAUACUACACUGUGAUCUCAACAAGAACCUGACAUGCACUGAUUUCCAUUUGCUUAAAGGGCAUUGCGUCUAAGGUUAUCGAAACAGGGGUAUUUGUUGGAGCAUUCAAACCAUCACCCCAGCCCAGCUCCAUAUUAGAUGAGGAUGCAACAAAAGAAGUUAUAAAGUGUGGAUCCCCCCUCCUAUUGGAGACCCCUGAUUCGCUACCGGACACCCCACAUAUGUAGUAACAAAGCCAUGCUAUCAGCUGGUUUUAUCUCAAUGUCAUUGCCUCCCUCCAGUGUUACAUAUUUAGAUUCAACCGCUUAUGUUUUGUUUACUAUAUUUACUGAUCAGGCCUGACUGUCUUACAACGUGGAGGUAAACGAUGUCCCCACAGUGUAAGGUGACAUAUUUGUGUCUUUAGGCAGACGUUUGUGUACGAGAAAACUCUUUACUUCGACCAUGGUGCAUCGUGACAGUCUUUCAAAAGACGGCAUGGAGCAAAGUGAAAAAGAAGUAGAGGAAGCUGAAGGCGAAGAAGAGGGAGGAGGAGGAGGAGACGAUCCCUAUAAUCAAACAGAUCAUGGAUGGGCUUGGAUGGUUUUGUUAGCUGCAACGCUGGAAAGUUUCAUGAUUGUAGGAUUUCUGAGGUCGUUUGGAAUAUUUUUUGUAGAAUUCCUGAACGCCAUGGAUGCAUCUGCUUCCGUGCUGUCGAUGUCCUUAUCCAUACAGACACUUAUGUUCAGUGUACUUUCGUUGGUGACUCUGAGUGUGUGUGACAUUUUGAACGCCUACCGAGAGUUUGUGAUUUUUGGUGGAUUUCUUGCCUGUCUCAGCUAUUUCCUCAGCAGUUUUGUGGAAACUCCAGAGCUUCUCAUCCUGACCAUUGGUUUCAUAUUUGGGACGUCUGCAGCUUUUGCUCAUGGACCAACGACAGUGAUGCUGGGAAAAUACUUCGACAAAAGACGUGGAAUGGCCAACGCUGUUAUGAAUUUUGGCGGGAGUUUCGGUGGUCUCGUGCUGCCAAACCUCUUCCGGUAUCUAUUGGAUACGUAUGCAUUACAAGGGACGUUGUGGGUCGUCUCGGGAUUGCUUCUCCAUAUCAUGGUCACAGGAGCGCUUCUGCGGCCACUUAAACCCCACCCUCGUAAAAGAAAUAAAUUACUGGAGGAGAACGGCGAGAAAGAUGCUCAUAAAAUGAAAGACCUCAACGAGGUCACCUACAAACAAACGCAAGUUAACAAAGCUUCCGUUGGUCACUCUUAUGAUAAACUGGUCACAAACCAGAGAAAUAGAAAUGCUCAAGGGUGGAAUGACCGGAGGAAUCAGAUACUUCAAGCAGAGAGACGACGGACCGUAUCGGAUUCUGGAGUGGCUGGCCAUGUUUACCCUGUAAAAUCCCAUUUCCACAAAAGCUCUGAGUUGCAUCAAGGUAUGGGGGACGCAUUAGGCUCCCUAGGUAACAUACAUCUAACUGUAUCGCCGGAAGACGACGAAGAUAACUUUGAAGAAGAUGAUUCUUAUGCUGCUCGAUGUCAUAAACUUACUUGCAAACAUGUACUUGGAAGUAUUCUCGAUCUAAAACUAUUGAAGAACAAAAUGUUUGUGCUGAACUUGAUAUGUUCGAUGUGUUCCGUGUUUGGCCUUGCUCUUAUAGUGACGUAUCUGCCCCACCACGCUAAGGACGUAGGUAUGAGUGACCGGCAGAUCACAUUGUUACUUACAAUAAUCGGCAGUACAGAUUUAUUAAAUAAACUCAUAUUAGUCUUCAUAGCUGAUAACAAGAAGAUAAAACGACAUUUUCUGGUGGCAGGCUGUUUAAUUAUUACGGGAGCUGCCACUGUUACCAUUCCCUAUUGCACCGAGUUCUGGUCUCUCGCUGUUUACUCAGUCAUAUACGGGAUUUUCCAUGGAACAUUUUUUGCUAUGCUUGCAGUAUUAGUCGUCGACUUUGCAGGAAUCGAGAACAUCUCUCAAGGAUUGGCAAUAACCAUGCUUAGUCAUGGAAUAUCGAUCUUUUCUAUGAAUCCUGUCAUCGGAGCUAUCCGCGAUAAUCUCCAUUCAUACAACCCAGCAUUCUACCUCAUGGGGAGCUUUAUGCUUUUUGGGGGAUUUCUUCUGUUCCUUGAACCAAAGAUACGACGCUAUGAAGAAAGAAAAAAGAAGGAAGAAAUUCAAACUGAACUAUAACAUACAAUUUUAGUGCGGUAAAUCAAGUACAUGUACCAUGUAUCGCUAACUGUAUGUUUCCGCCUUUAUUCGCGGGGAUUGAAAUUCGCGAAUUCAGAUAUUCAUUAUUUAAGACACAAAAGGGCUUAUUUAUAUUGUUGAAAUCUUAAGAAAUGUUUUAAUUUUGGAAUAUGUAGGAUUACAUACUGUUGCAUUUACGACUUUUGUUAUAGAAUAUCAUCGACGUUUGCUGCAAAUAUAUUUUUUUAAUAUUUUUGUUUGAGAAAAA